AUGAGCGCCGGCGCGAAGAAGAGGAUCAUGAAGGAGUAUGGCGAGUGCAUGGCGGAGACGCCUGCGGGCAUGAAGAUCAACUUUGAUGAACAGAACAUGACCAAGUGGGAGGUUCUGAUGGAUGGACCAGAUGGUUCUGUGUAUGCUGGCGGCCAUUUCAAGCUCGAGAUCAUCUUCCCCAACGAGUACCCGUUCAAGCCCCCGGUGGUCAGCUUCAGGACCAAGAUCUACCAUCCCAAUGUCAGCAACGACGACAAAGGCUCCAUGUGCUUGGGCCUACUGCGGCCCGACGAGUGGAAGCCGCCGAACAAGGUUGUCGCGGUGCUGCGCCUGAUCCAGUCGCUGAUGGUCGAGCCGAACAUUGACGAUGCCAUUGAGCCUUCUAUUGCGAACGAGUACAAGGAGAACCGCAAAGAGUUCGAGAAGAACGCCAAGGAUUGGGUAAAGCGGUAUGCAAAGUAG